AUGCCACAAUGUUGUGACAGUGUGAAACCUCAGAAGACAAUGCCGAUUCUUCCUUUACCUUGUAUACUGCCACCUGUCAAUCUGAUUCACAAGGACGUUGUGUGCGCUUGGUGCCAGCAGUUAAAACUAAGCACCAAAGGCCUGAAACUAGACGGAUAUAAAGGACUCUGUGAACAUGCCUACCUUCAUCAAAAAAACAUUCCUGCCACAGCCGAGGAGGCCAGAAUCCUAUCUCCAUCGAGAAGAAAAUCAAAGUUGGACAAGGGGGAACUACUUCUGGAAUGUUCUGAUAAACAGAUGUCUUUGGAAGGGGCUGCUCCUCCUGAGGAGGGAGCACCUGCCCCUGAAGGAGCUCCUGCUCUUCAGGAAGUUGUAUCAACUUCUGCCCCUGACCCGGAAGCUGUGUUUGCCUCUUGGAGCAGAAUGACAGCCAGGGCCGUGAAGAUGGAGUUGGUGCAAUCACAAGAGACCUGUGGGGUCUGGUGGAGCGUGGUUCAUGGGAGGGGUCUCCCUGCUGACACAGAAGGCUGGGUUCAUUUACAAUUUCAUACUGGACAGGCUUGGGUGCCUGAUAAACGAAGGAGGUUGUCUGCACUCUUCUUGUUACCUGCCAGCAAUUUUCCACACCUCCACACCUGGAGGACAAUAUGCUGUGCCCUGAGUGUGUACACAGGAAUAAAGUAUUAA